AUGUUGGGUUCCUCUACUACACCAUGCCAAGGGACAGGAGGACCUCAGCCUGCAGACCAGCCCUUUGCCCACAGAAGACCAACGUGGCCCAUUCUCUUCUUCAUUCUUCUUUUCUUCACCACUGCUGCCAGCAAGGAAGAUCAAAGCUUUUUAAAUAGAGUUUCUGCUAUUGGUUGGCCAACUGGCAAUGUCACGACCAUCUCUACUGAGAAACCCACAAAUCUCGGACAUGCCCAGUGGGGCCAACCCAAAACAGACUUGUCUUUUAGCAGGUUAUUUAAUCAAACUGGUGUAAGCCAGAGAAAUGCCAGCCAGUCUCAUAUCUCUCCUCUUCAACAUCUUGAUGCUCUCAGUGAUGACAGAAAGAGCAUCAGAAGAUCUUACUCAACAUUAGCCAGCGUUCAUUCCAUGGGUACAAGUCUUCAGGAUAUGGUUUCUUCUACUGGAACAGAAUCUCUUGGCACCAUUGAGGGAAGAUCAAGGUUUCUCCCAUCAAGUAUUGAAGGAACAGCUCAAAGCUCUGAUGCUUCCAAGUUUUUCAUAUCUCAUAGCCAUAACUUAUCAGGUCUCACUUCUAUUCCAUCUCAUGUGCCCAACUCAAGAAAGACCCUCUUUGACCAGACAGCCAAGUAUAAUGAAGAAUAUGAUACUGUUGGAUUGGUUACUACCCCAACAGAUGUCACCAUUCCUGUAACUCAUCCUUUCUCCUCCCUUUGGGUCUCUGCUAGAUACCCCGUUGAAACCACCGCUCAUGUUGCUAUGCCUACCUCUGCUACCUCGACAAAAUAUCAGUUAGAAGAGACCAGUGGGGUUCCCACUCAACCGCAAAGCCUCAGUUUGUCUUCACGUGGACGUAUUUCCAGAAGGGUUGAGCUCCGUGAGGUUUUCCCUCCGUCCGUUGCAAUUGCUAGAUCCCAUCUUGAUCAAGAGAAUUCCACAGCAAUCCAUCCUUCUGAAGAAAGGGUCACAGCCUCACCGCCUAUCCAUAGCUUAGUUACAGGAGUGAGUUCUUCAGCCCAACAAUCGACAUCGGAUUCCAUCUGGCAGGGAUCUCAACAGCUUGAAGUCAGUUCCAUGAUGCCAUUGACAAAUUCCAGUCCAGCAGGCUCAUCUCCAUUGGAGUUUUCUCUUGAUGUGGCUAAUAAUGAGAGUGAUCAGAUGGUGCCAGGCCCUACUGAUACUAUUCCUUCGUCUGUAGCCACCAAGAUACCAAGACACAAAGUUUCACUUGGAGUGGCACAGCUUCCUUUUGCAGCUGCAACUGUUGGCCUUCUGAAGGAAGCCAAUCCACAGAGUUCUGUGUUGAAAGAACACAGCGAAAGCUUUCCAACAACGUCAUCUUUUGGAACUUCAAAAGAAGGUGAGAUCUCCUUGACUUCUCAUAACAGGCUAAAUAGCUCCCUUGUGGAAGUCAUCAAACCGGAACCAAAGGGCAACGCUUCUUCCAUAGUUGAAGGUUACAUUGAUCCUACAGUGAGUACCAUCUCAAAAGGUGAAACCGAUGCAACCAGUAUCGGUGUCCAUUUCUUGAACCAUCAGACUUCUUCACCAUUUAGCACGCUGCUUUCUGGAAAUGCUAAAACCAGACUCCGAGUUUCCUUUCAGACCGAUCUGUUGGAAACUACAGCCCACAUUACUGAUUAUGGGAAGCUAUUAGAUACCCAAUACUAUGGAAGAAAGAGACAGAUCACAGCAAGCGUGGAAGAGAUACCUACUUCAAAUUCUCCUCUGACUGCUAUGGAAACUGAUUCUGUCAGAAAACUGACCAGUGUCCAGCCAGUAGAUGCCUUGUCAAAGAGGGGAACUGGAACUACUCCAUUAUCAUCUCUAAGUUCUACCACUUCUUUGUCCAAGAUGUGGCAAACCUCAAAGGCGUCUUCUGAGCCUGAGACAAUUGCAGAUUCCUUGGUGAUGAAGGUAUUUAGUCUUGGUACCACAAAAAAUGAUUCUGUUCCAUCAUUCCCACAUUUAGAUACAGGAGAUGUUCGACAUCCAGUUGGAGCAACCUCAACUAGACUGACCUACGCUGAUCUUCCAGAAGGACACACCACUCCAUUGGAGUCUUUUGGUAGGCCUUCUGUUGAACAGAAGCUUCCCAGCCCAUCAGAAUCUCAUCCCACAGUUUCUCUUCCAGGUUUGAUAGAAUUGGAUAGAUCUUUAGUCACACCAUCUCACCACUCUUCAUCGUCUAGCGUUACCUUCAUUCCCUUCCCUAGAAUCCGUGUUCCUGAGUCAACUUCGAAAACAUUUAUUAACAUUACGGAGGGCCACCUGGUUAGAAAAGGGCAGGUGAUACCUACAGGUACAAAGUCAUUCAGUGCCACACCCCUUUCUCUAGAGUCAAGGAAUACAGUGGAUGGAAUAGCAUUGUCCUUACCUACAAAAGUUCCCAGAGUUGGCUUAAGUACCUCUUCUGUGAUGGUCACCAUGGAGAACGCAUUGGGACACCAGGUCACAGGUACUUCCACUGCAAAUAAUAUACAAACGAUUGGCAGAACAACUUUGUCCAUUCGUAGCUCAAGAUUCUCCACAUCCAGUAAUUCUAAUGUUCUUGCGUAUCCAUCAUCUGUCCUGCAGACCAAAUCCAACCAGGCAACUCCUCUAUUUUCUGCUUCAACUACGCUGUGGACCAUUCAAAGAACUCUUCCAGUUGAGUCAAAAUCCACUUGUAGGAACAUCUCUUGCCCAGUGAGUAUCUUCACACCACCUCAGAAUAUAUCAACUCAAAGCAUGACUUCCCGACCAUUCUCGACUAGAAAGUUUUUGAACGCUGUCUUAGGUACAAUGGAACCCGAGAAGAACGUGACCCUUGCUGAUGCCAAGGUGUCCAGAUCCGAAGAGAUAGAAACGACAACAUCCAGAACAAAAAUUGUGACUGGAGUCCAACACGAUCAUUCUUCCCAGCAGCCCAGGUCCAAAUUCACCACCUCGCCGUUGAACCUGUCAGUGAAGGAGAAUUUGACCCCGAGUAAAUUCGCUUCAACUGUUCCAGCAAUGCGUGUUCUAUCUUUGUGGUUUCGUCUCAUCAAAAUAAAUUACACACGCUCCCUGAUGAACAAGUCUUCUGAAAGUUAUAAGAAACUGGAAAAAGAAAUUAAGUUAACAUUAAAGAAGAUAUUGUCUACCUAUCAGAACUUUCUGCACGCAAGGGUUCUUCGUUUCUUGAAUGGAUCUGUCAUAGUGGAGAGCCAGGUGGUCUUCCAAGGAAUGGGCCACCUUCCCACCCCAUCUGACAUCAUACGGACAAUUGUGACGGGGGUUGAGAGUCGGAGAAUCGAUGCCUUUUUUGACUGGAGGAUAGAUGUGAGAUCUUUGCAUUCAAAUGGAUUCAGCUUGAAAAACCUAGAACCUGAGAAGUUGGCUGUAUUUUUCAGUCUCCUGGAAAUGGGGUCCAUACCAACCUUUGAUGACAAGAACUUUGUCCAAGAACACUUGGAAAGUGUGAAGAUCAAGAUGAAACUGUUGCUUGGAACCCGAUAUGCAGUUCAUUUGAUCUCGCUUGUUGAUAAACGAAAUACCCAAGGUGGUGUUGAUGUAAAUGGAAAUAUCUUCAUCAAGAGCGAUAGUCACGUGGACGUUCACUGGAUUCUCAGAGCACUGAUUGGGCUUUCAAAUGUCUCCGUGGACCUCAUCUCGCUCUCCAUCAAUGGUUCAAAGCUGAGUCUUCAAGUCUUUCCAGUUUCCUUCCUGAUAACCAACAGAAUAUUCAAUGAGAAGAUGUUGGACCGUUCUUCUGUAGAACGUCAGAACAUCGCAAAAGAUCUCUCUAAUACGCUGACACGAAUACUUGGCAAAUACAAAAAUCUUCUCCAAGUGACAAUCCGUAGGAUCACAGGUGGCUCUCUCGUUUGUUAUGGAGAUGUGAUAUUCCAGCCACCGGCGCCAAGCAACAAGGACGUCCUCCAGACGCUGGCAUUUUCGGUCAAUCCAAAAGAUUACCUAGAUUCCUCAAGUUUUCAAGUGGAUCGGUUCUCCUUUACUGUGGCAGGUGCUGGGCUGGAGCCUUCCUUGAAAAAAUCAGGUGUCCCAGUCUAUGCUAUAGUCCUCAUCCUUAUAUUUCUUCUUGCUGUAAUUGCUGUCCCUACCUUCCUUUGGCUGCCCAAAGCACUUGCUCGCCGUGGCAAAAUUACAAUCAACAGAGAGGAUGCAAGAGUGUGUAUAGAAGUAUUUGAGCUGGAUAAUCCGGGAUAUCAAGCUACAGUUGAACAGGCAAAGAUCAAGGACUCCUGCAAUUGAAUACCAGAAUGUCUGAACCAGAACAAAAAUUGCAACCCUUUCCGUUUGUCAAUGCCACAGUGCGUCACUGGUCGAUUUAUUAGAUUGAAAUCUGAGUUUUAUUCUGUGGAAAAGACUCUAAAGCUAGACAUGGUUUUAGAGAGGCAACUGUUUCUGUUUUUUGGCUAGGAGCUUUUAAGGAAAGGCAGCUGGGAUGCACCACUUUUCUAUUGCAUCUGGAGGUAGAUGUCCACCCUCAAGAUGCUUUCUCCCAAAGCAGCCAUCCCGGUUUCUUUUAUUAUAAUAAGUUGGAUCUUUUAAAUGAUGUCUUUCAAGUAUUCCUUGCUAUUCUUUGAGUGAAAGAGAAUGGAACGAUUCCAUUUUCCCUAUUUUCUUUUUUUCAGAUAAAAAUGUUUAACCUUGGGGGGUGGGAGAGGGGGAGGGGAACUGCAUUUGGUUAGGUGUUGAAUUUUUUUGGGAGAAGUAGAAAAAUCGCCUUUGGCUGAAAGGCCUGAUGGUUGACUGUCAACAUGUGCAAAACUGGAAGCUUGUUAAAAUGAAGGAAUGUGGCACCGUCGUUUUUUAAAAAUCUCUCUUUUUAAAAAAUGUGAUACGUUUGUAGGCUGUGCAGAACGUGAAAAGCACAGUCCAAAUGGUUGGAUUUGAAAAAUGGAUGGGAGGAUUCCAAUUGGUUCUGAUCCCAGGGUCCAAACUGAUGGAGAAAAGGCCUCUCCUGCACUCACACCAAAAUAACUUAGCAGAUUUUGGAGACGUGCCGUUUAACUCUCCAAGGGAAUUGAUUUGAUGCCCAGAUCGGAUUGGAUUGACUCCAGAUUAAAUCUUUGCCAGUUCCUCUUUGCCAUUCUGAGCCGCCUUCUUUUUGACUUCCUAAAAUAACCUCCCAAACUCAAAACUUGAUUUUCCAAAGCUGCUUUUUAGCACCGUCUGAACCUUAGAAAUCUUUUUAUGCCCAGUGUGCUCAUGAAGAACCCAAGACCCAAAUGAUAGAGGAACCCACAAAAGGCAAAAUGGAUUUUUUUUUUUUAAAUUGCAGUAUUAUGACGUCGAGAAUUGACAGCUCAUGUUUUUAAUUCUUCCUUUUCUCCCUGGCUUGACAAUUUCCCUAGCUCCGUUGCCUUGACUCUAUUCCGCUGCUAGCGAUGCGUAACUCUCCAGGGGCUGUCAAACUACAGCUCCCAUCCCCGCAGGAAGGAUGGGAGUUGUAGUCUAAACACUUCCUGAAGUUUCACCGUGGCCUGUCACAGCUGCGUCCAUUCUGCAUUUUGGGGAAAGGUGAAAUAUCCACUUUGCUGAGUUGCAGUUCGAGACAGAGGCAGUCCUGUUGAACUGCUGAGGUUUUGUUUUUUGUCAUUUCUCCGCACAUCACUUCCUUCCUACUCUUACUUCCUUAGUCUCACCAUCUGAUGGACUUUAUUGUUUGUUUUAAUAGCGAGCAAGUCAAACCUAACUGCUGAAGUCGCUUCUUCCAGGCUUCUAGCCACCGAAACGUUUUUGUUGUAUUAAAAUCUAGCGCUGAAUAAAU